AUGGAUUUUCUUAAAGAAUUAAAGACUAGCCAAGAUUAUAUGAAGAAUGAGCUAACAUUUGGUGCACAUAAUUACUUUCCUAUCCCUGUUGUUUUAACAAGAGGAGAAGGUGUAUUUGUUUAUGAUGUUGAAGAUAGAAGAUAUUAUGAUUUUUUAAGUUCAUAUUCUGCAGUAAAUCAGGGUCAUUGUCAUCCACAUAUAUUGAAUGCUAUGGUUAAACAAGCAGGCAAAUUAACUUUAUGUAGUAGAGCUUUUUUUAGUGAUAAUUUAGGAAUAUGUGAAAGAUACCUUGCGAAUUUAUUUGAUUAUGAUAAAGUUUUAAUGAUGAAUUCAGGUGCCGAAGCUAAUGAAACAGCUUAUAAAUUAUGUAGGAAAUGGGGUUAUGAAAUUAAAAAGAUCCCUAAAAACUCAGCUAAAAUUAUUGUUUGUAAUAAUAAUUUUUCAGGAAGAACUUUAGGAUGCAUAUCUGCAUCAACAGAUAAUACAUGCACUAAUAAUUUUGGCCCUUUUGUCCCUAAUUUUGUAAAAGUUCCAUUUGACAAUUUAAUUGAAUUAGAAAAAGAAUUAAAAGAUCCAAAUGUGUGUGCCUUUUUUGUUGAACCUAUUCAAGGGGAAGCAGGAGUUAUUAUACCUUCAGAAAAUUACUUAAAGGGUGUAUAUGAUUUAUGUAAAAAGUAUAACGUAUUAUUUGUAACUGAUGAAAUUCAAACAGGAUUAGGGAGAACAGGUAAGAUGUUAUGUUCAGAACAUUUUAAUAUAAAACCAGACAUAGUUUUACUUGGAAAAGCUCUAUCUGGUGGAUAUUAUCCUAUAUCAGCUGUUUUAGCAAAUGAUGAUAUAAUGCUUGUUUUAAAACCAGGUGAACAUGGAUCAACUUACGGUGGUAAUCCAUUGGCUUCUGUAAUAUGUAUAGCAUCAUUGGAGGCUAUCAUAAAUGGAAAAUUAUGUGAAAAUGCGGAAAAAUUGGGUCCCUUUUUCUUGAACUCUUUAAAAGAAGAACUAAAAGAAAGUAAAAUUGUUUUUGAUGUUAGAGGAAAAGGAUUGCUAUGUGCAAUAGAAUUUAAAACUGAUCUAGUUAAUGUAUGGGAUAUAUGCUUAAAAUUAAAAGAAAAUGGAUUAUUAACCAAACCUGUUCACAAAAAAACUAUCCGUCUAUCACCUCCACUUUGUAUUUCCAAAGAACAGUUAAUUGAAUGUUCAAAAAUUAUUUCUAAAACAGUUAAACAUUUUGAUGAUCUGUUGUAA